GUCAGAUAUCUAAUAUCAACCAGUGGAGACAUAGUAGUAUUGCCCUACGAAUAGCAUGUGAAGAUCGGCCCUUCGUGAUGUCGUGAUGAGCCCACCCUGGCCUGCUAUCACGGAUUCAGCCUGGUCACGAGGAACGACGAGUGAACUUGUUCCCCCUCAACAUUAUGGUAAGAGAUGAGUAUCAAGAGAGUUGCGAAGUCAGAUCAAUUAUUGCUUCUGUCAAAUUAGAAGACAUCAUCCUAUCCAGAAGCGGACACAAGUCUUAGGUCAGCAGCAGUCCAAAAUAAGACCAUGAAAAGCGCAUUACUCCGCAAAGUCCUCCUCCUUUCCUCUUUAACCAACCUAGCCCGAGCCUUUCUCCUACCCCGCAACAACACCAACAACGACGACGACGCAGUAGCAGGAGACUUCCCCUCGACACAAUCCACAUCAGGAAACACGGAUUGCGCGGCGUCCUCAACGGCGUCCUCGUUCCAGCUCAGCUUCGUCAGCUACGGGAACUACACGGCGCUGCCGGGGCAAGGGGACGACGACGACGGGGGGCUCGUGCCGCGGCAGCUGGUGUCGAUGACGCUGGCGGCGGCCAACGCGGCGAACGGCGUGCUCACCGUCUGCGCCUUCCCGCUCGGCCGCCUGCCCGCGCCGGCGGGCAACGGCUCGGGCGGGCCCGCAAGCUGGGUCGAGGACGCCUCGUGGCAGGCGUGCGCGGACCGCAGGGACACGGACGGCAAGCAUCGGUUUACUAUAGCGACGGGCGCCGCGUUCGCGCUCGCGGAACGGCGGCUGUCGGUUAAUCAGACGUGGUUUUGCCAUGAUGAUGAUGAUGAUGGACGCUUGGUUGCGUAUACGGGCGUCGCAAACGGCACCCUGAACAUGACCUGCGCCGACGGCGGCGAGUUAGGCGGGUAUCAUGUCGAGAAUUGCACGUCGGCCGACGUAUCACUUCCGAUAACUUUGUUGUGAGAUUCCGCGACGUUAAUGGUACUGGUGACGCAUGUGAGGUAUUCGGAGGUUUGGUUUGUAUUGAAGACUAGGUACCUAUCUACGCUACCUAGGUAAUGGAAUAACAGUAAUGUGGAUGGACAUAGGAAACGGCUCUGGACUAUUAGAUACUCAAGUGUACAUAAUUUAAUACUGUUUCUAUGAGAUUAACGUA